UUGGGGCGUCACUGGAGGAACGCGACAUUGUCAGCCGAUUGUAUUACAGCCGAUCACAGCGGGCAAACUCGGCCACGGCCGAUUAUCGUGCGUCUCGCCCAUCGCGCCGUCCGCGACGAAAUGCUACGAGCCGCUCGCGUGCGCCGCGGUUGUGACUCAUCGGGAAUUGUCGAGUCUGAAGCUAAGAGGUUUUAUGUUAACGAACGCCUCACUCCGAUGAAUCGCCAUAUAUUUUAUAAAACACGUGAAUUAGGUCGAAGCGAUGGAUGGCGAUAUAUCUGGACACGAGGAGGUCGCAUUUAUGCUCGUCGCAAUGGAGACUCCGAAACUCGUCGGAUACGCACAUUGGAGGACACUAUUAAGUUUUUUGGAGACAAUGUCAUUUGA